AUGGAUGCGGCAACUAUGCCCAGUGUUAAGCCUCAUCACCCAUCAGGUCUGGAUUCAACCCAAUCGAUGUCAGAGAAACCCCCACAAGACGCGGCUCUAUCGCCUACGCAAACGACGCAGCAAAAUACCGAGCCCCAGUCCGCGUUUCACAACGGGUCGAACUCGCCAGCCUCGGCGAGGCGAACCGCAGACGACUUGGCCAUCCAUGAGGCAGUGCGAUUGCAGCACUUCACGCUACGCACACUCCCAGCCUGGAUCCGAUCGGUUGAAGAAAUCGAGGCGGAUGCCGACGCGGCCGCGGCCACAGACCGAUUAUUGCCCCCACAGCCGCGCGACGUGCAGGUUGCCCAUCACAACCACACACCUUUCGGUAUUGAGAGCCGCGAUUUUGCACCGGGCGUCAACUCCAGUUCUGAGGAGGCCUUUCCAGCACGAGAAUCGCGAUGGGCGACCUUUUCGCGCCUCAUCCAGUAUCCUCGGGGCAAUCUUGACAGUUCCAAAGAGGUUACUCCGGACUGGCUGAAUGAAAAUUACGGCGACUUCUCAAGUCCAUGGCGCGGGAGGCUUCUUGAUGGCGAUAGUCCGGAACAUCCGCUCCACACCAAGGCGCGACGUCGGGAAAUGUGGCUCAAACGCUUCCACACGACGCUGCUGAGAAGCCCCAUUGUGCCGCUGAUCUUGCGACUGACGGUCUGGUGCUUCUCUUUGUCUGCACUGGCGCUGGGUGGGUCACUUCAGCACAUGGCGGACAAGGGCCAUACGGAUCAGGGCCCGUCCGCGUUAAUGGCCAUCAUCGUGGAUGCCGUAGCGCUUGUCUAUCUGGUAUACAUCACCUUUGACGAAUAUACGUCGAAGCCGCUCGGGCUGCGCUCGCCCUCCGCGAAGGCUCGACUCAUUCUCCUGGAUCUAUUUUUCAUCGUCUUCGAUUCGGCCAAUCUCAGCCUGGCUUUCAAUUCCCUCUCAGAGGUAACCGGCGCAUGUACAGAAGCCGAGGUUAACCAGAUCUUUGACCCUCGCAAUGAUCAAAUUUGUAUCCGCCAAAAGGCUCUUGCAUCUGUUCUCUUGAUUGCUCUGCUUGCCUGGCUUUUGACCUUUUGCCUCAGUGUUCUCAGGCUCGUCGAGAGAGUGAGACAAUGA